ACCUCCCCACCAGGCGCGGUUGAGGUAGCCAUGGUGAAGCCAAGUCCACUUCUGGCGGCAGGAGGACCGCAUGCGAGCCCUGACUUUGCGGUUACUGCUCAUCUAAAGCAAAUUUUGAAUGGAGUCAUUCGGAGCGUCAAAAAGGAUGGUGAAUGGAAGGUGCUCAUCAUGGACCACCCAAGCAUGCGCAUUUUGUCAUCCUGCUGCAAGAUGUCAGACAUCCUGGCUGAGGGCAUCACCAUUGUGGAGGACAUCAACAAGCGGCGAGAACCCAUCCCCAGCCUGGAGGCCAUUUACUUGUUGAGCCCCACGGAGAAGUCGGUGCAGGCCCUGAUCGCAGACUUCCGGGGGACCCCGACCUUCACCUACAAAGCGGCACACAUCUUCUUCACAGACACCUGCCCUGAGCCUCUGUUCACUGAGCUGGGCCGCUCCCGUCUGGCAAAGGUAGUGAAGACGCUGAAGGAGAUCCACCUUGCCUUCCUCCCCUACGAGGCCCAGGUGUUCUCCCUGGAUGCCCCCCACAGCACCUACAACCUCUACUGCCCCUUCCGGGCAGGGGAGCGGGCACGGCAGCUUGAGGCGCUGGCCCAGCAGAUUGCCACGCUUUGCGCCACCCUGCAGGAGUACCCAGCCAUCCGCUACCACAAGGGACCAGAGGACACGGCCCAGCUGGCCCACGCAGUCCUGGCCAAGCUGAAUGCCUUCAAGGCAGACACUCCCAGUCUGGGCGAGGGCCCUGAGAAAACCCGCUCGCAGCUGCUGAUCAUGGACCGGGCGGCCGACCCCGUGUCCCCACUGCUGCAUGAGCUCACGUUCCAGGCCAUGGCCUAUGACUUGCUGGACAUUGAGCAGGACACGUACAGGUAUGAGACCACCGGGCUGAGCGAGGCCUGUGAGAAGGCGGUGCUGCUGGAUGAGGACGAUGACCUGUGGGUAGAGCUGCGGCACAUGCACAUUGCGGACGUGUCCAAGAAGGUCACGGAGCUCCUGAAGACAUUCUGUGAGAGCAAGAGAAUGACCACCGACAAGGCCAACAUCAAAGACCUGUCCCACAUCCUGAAAAAGAUGCCACAAUACCAGAAGGAGCUGAACAAGUAUUCCACGCACCUGCACUUGGCUGACGACUGCAUGAAGCGCUUCAAGGGUCCGGUGGAGAAGCUGUGCGGUGUGGAGCAGGACCUGGCCCUGGGCUCGGACGCGGAGGGGGAGAAGAUAAAGGACGCCAUGAAGCUGAUCGUGCCCGUGCUGCUGGACGCGGCAGUGCCCGCCUACGACAAGAUCCGCGUCCUGUUGCUCUACAUUCUCCUGCGGAACGGUGGCGGGUCACCGUUCGGCAGGGUGCUCAUUGCUAGUCCUGCAGUGAGAACACACAGUGGCCUGGGCUCCUGGGCGUCUCGGAGGACUCCCGUGCACCCAGACACACAGCAGCUUCCUCUGCUCAGCCUUCUGCUCAGCCUCUCCUGUCUCUGGCCCUGCGCAUCCUCCACACCGCAGUGCGCCUCUCAUAGUUCCCAUCUCCCUCCCGGUCCCCUCGCUCCACCUCCCACCUCUCCGCUCCCCUGUUUCUCUGUGUCCUCCCAUCUCUGUCCUCAUUUCUCUCUUUGUCCUCUUUCUCUGUGCUCCCUCUUUGUCUCACUGUCUCUGUGUUUCUUCCUCUCUCUCUCUCUCUCUCUCUCUCUCUCUCUCUCUCGUUCUGUCCAUAUCCCCAUCUUUCUGCAACCGCCCAAGCAGCAGGAGCCCCCAGCCUCCUCCUCAAUCCCCCACCGCCUGCAGGGCCCUGGGGUCUCCAGCCGGCUGGAGCGGAGGGAGCGCUUGGAGCCCACCUAUCAGCUGUCCCGCUGGACUCCAGUCGUCAAGGAUGUGAUGGAGGAUGCUGUGGAGGACCGGCUGGACCGCAAGCUAUGGCCCUUUGUGUCUGACCCCGCCCCCAUGCCAAGCUCUCAGGCUGCAGUCAGUGCCCGCUUCGGCCACUGGCACAAGAACAAGGCUGGUGUGGAGGCCCGGGCAGGGCCCCGGCUCAUCAUCUACAUUUUGGGCGGCGUGGCCAUGUCAGAAAUGAGGGCCGCCUACGAAGUGACCAGGGCCACAGAUGGCAAGUGGGAGGUGCUGAUUGGCUCCUCACACAUCCUCACUCCAACCCGCUUCCUGGACGACCUCAAGAUGCUGGACCAGAAGUUAGAGGACAUUUCCUUGCCUUGACCGUCCAGGCCCACCCUGACCUGCACCCCUCCCUUUCCAGAAAAAUAAAGUCCUCUUCUGUCUGGGG